CGAACGGCUUACACUCCCUCGCCCAUCACCUCACCCCGUCUCCGCCUGCCUGCUUCCUCGCACCAUGGGCCGCGUCCUCCUCAAGGUCAUCAUCCUCGGCGACAGCGGCGUCGGCAAGACGUCGCUCAUGAACCAGUAUGUCAACAAACGCUUCAGCAAUCAGUACAAGGCCACUAUCGGCGCGGACUUCCUCACGAAGGAGGUCAUGGUUGACGACCGGCUGGUGACUAUGCAGUUGUGGGACACGGCUGGUCAGGAGCGCUUCCAGUCGCUCGGUGUCGCCUUCUACCGUGGUGCAGACUGCUGCGUGCUCGUAUACGACGUGAACAGCGCCAAGUCCUUUGAGACGCUCGACAGCUGGCGCGACGAAUUCCUCAUCCAAGCCAGCCCGCACGACCCCGAGAACUUCCCAUUCGUCGUCCUCGGCAACAAGAUUGAUGUGGAGGAGAACAAGCGGCAGGUAACACAGAAGCGUGCGAUGACGUGGUGCCAGAGCAAGGGGAACAUCCCCUACUUUGAGACCUCUGCCAAGGAGGCUAUCAACGUCGAGCAGGCCUUCCAGACAGUCGCGAAGAACGCGCUGCAGCAGGAGGCAGAAGAGCAAUUAUAUGUCGACUACCCGGAUCCGAUCCAGCUCGACUCCGAGAGCUCACAAAGCUACGGCUGCAACUGCUGAGCUGGACCAGUACUGCUGGCGGAGGGCCGAAGUAUGCCGAUAUGUUGAUAUAUUCCUUGUGACGCCUCUUUACACAGUCGGGCUACGACGCACUCUAUGGCAGUGUCUGGGACGUGCGCUACUACAGUAGGGGCACACCCUUACUGCAGACUGCGCUUCCAACGGUCAUCGGAUGUCGUACCGCUCGGACAUGCACCGUUCAUCAUUCCUGAUUCUGACCCAUGCUCAUAAUAUUCCUGUGUAGCAUCAUUCUACCGCCUUUCCUCUGUCGUACAUAUAUAUUCAUCUUUCCAUGUUCAGCGGCGCCCGUGCGCGUUUGUAUGGUGACUGAAGUCUUUGAUUAUCUGCGGCAGUUGAAGUGAGUGUCCUGCACUCCGGCUGACCGU